AUGGAUAACUUCACGGAAAACUUUAUCGGCAACACCAGCGCCUCGAAUCUGACGGCUUUCUGGCUGCGCUGGAACCUGUCGGCUUACUGGCUGGACUGGAACCAGACAGAUUACUGGAUGGACUGGAACCAAACAGAUCACUGGAUGGACUGGAACCUGACGGAUUAUUGGCUGGACUGGAACCUGACGGCUUACGGCAUUGCCUCAAACCUGACGUCUGACGGGCUGACCGCCGUGGCUUAUGUCAUGCCGACCGUCUGCGGAGUCAUCUUGUUGAUCGGGGGCAUCGGCAACUCGCUGGUUAUCUACAUCGUGGCGCGCUACAGCGAGAUGAGAACCGUCACCAACUAUUACAUCGUCAAUCUGGCCGUCACCGACCUGGCCUUCCUGGUUUGUUGUAUCCCCUUCAUUAGCAUCAACUACCUGAUGUACGGCUGGAUCUUCGGCAAAACCCUGUGCACCUUCGUCUUCUACAUGAUGCAGGUAACAGUCCAGGCUACGUGCAUCACGCUUGCAGUGCUGAGUAUUGACCGCUACUGCGCCGUUGUACAUCCGCUCCGCUCCAUCAACUUCCGCACGCCCAAGGUGGCCGCAAUUACCAGUUGCUGCACAUGGAUAGGUUCAUACCUCCUUGCCCUGGCUCUUGGUAUGAACCUUCAACUCAUAGAAGUCGACAACUUCGGGCCUCAGGAGAUCUGCAAGGAUAUCUGGCCCAAUCCGUAUGCACAGAGAAGCUUCAUGCUCUACACCUUCCUCAUCACCUACGUCAUCCCGCUGCUCAUCUGCACCGUCAGCUGCUCCCUCAUCGUCCGCAGCAUCCUCAACCGCUUCAGCAUGAACCACGCCCAGGAGGCGGACGUCGACGCCCAGCUGGCCCGUCGGACAUCCUGCAUGGUGGUGGGUGUGGUGGUUCUCUUCGCCGUCUGUUGGCUGCCAAAUCAUGUCAUUAACAUGUGGGCUGUGUUUAAGCCAGUUAUGCAGAAUAUCUCCGAAACAACCUACUGGCUUAAGACCGUUGCGUUGAUUCUCUGUUAUUCCAAUUCUGCGGUAAACCCUUUCGUGUACACCCUGUUAGGGGAAAACUACCGCCGAUGUAUCAAGCUGUCCUUCCCAUGUCUGUUCAGACAGGAACAACCCAAACAGGGUUCGUUCAGUGCAAAAGACGCAUCUAAUGAAGUUGUAAAGAUGACUUGUUUUGAUCCAGAUAAACCAAAAUAGCACGACGCGGAAACUUUUUAUUGAAGCAUGCUUAAAUGUAACGUGCAUAUAUACAUAACGUU